AUGCUCGCACGGCCUGGUUUGGGUCAUACCGAGUCGAGCACAGCCGUGCCGACUCUAGGCAAUUCUUCAUACACCAGCUCAGGGUCCGGAACCCCUGGCACACCAAGGAAAUUCCAGGCUGGUGUUGACCCUCAUGAAGUUACUCAUGCUCUGCGUAAGUUGAAAGAAAAGAUGGCGCAUAGCAACCAUGCCAAACAAAGCAGGUACAUACAGGCCAAGUCCGACUUGGCCCAUCGUCGAAAUCUGGUGCUGCUGAUGGUAUACGCCUUCAUGGCCUACGGCGCCCCAACGCACCGCAUCGAAGAGUACACCCUGGCGCUCUUCAAAGCGCUCGACAUGGAAGGCCGUGUCAACUACACCGUAGGCUGCACCGACAUAUCCUUCAUCAACCCCAUCGACCCAGCCGACCCCAUGACCCGGUCCGCCUACACAACCCUAGUCAAAGCCCAAGGUCUCGACAUCGGCGCGUGCGAGAUCAGUUUCCGUAUCUACAAGGACGUCGUCCACGGUCAAGUCACUAUCGAGGAAGCCACCCAAAAAUUGAUCGAACUCGUCGAGUCUCCUUCUUUUUACAAACCCUGGUCUGUCGUUCCUUUUUACGGCCUCGCGUCGGCCUUCGCUUGCAUGUGGGUUUACGGCGGCUACUGGACCGAUAUGCCCAUCGCCUUCACUCUGGGCUGCACUGUGGGUUUCCUCCAAGUAAUCGUUGCUGCGAGCAACCCGCUGUACUCCAACGUUCUCGAGGUCACGGCCGCGCUCAUCACCUCCUUCGGCGCCCGAGCCUUCUCGUCCAUCGGCGGCUCGGAACAGAAGUACUUCUGUUUCGGUGCCAUCGCCGAAUCAUCCAUCACCACCAUCCUCCCAGGGUACCUGGUCCUCUGCGGCGCUUUAGAGCUCCAAUCCAAAUCCAUCACCGCCGGGUCAACCCGUCUCUUCUACGCCAUCAUUUACUCGCUGCUCCUCGGGUACGGCAUCGACGUCGGCUCGCAACUCUGGGUCGUCAUCGACUCCAACGCGCCAAACUCCGCCACUUGCCCACGCUCCAUCAACCCCAGAUGGAAAAUCCUCCUCGUGCCCACUUACCUCGUCUGGCAAGCCGUCCUCAUCCGUUCGCGCCCCAACCAGAUCCCCGUCCAGGUCCUCCUCGGAUCCGCGGCGUACACGGUGAACUACUUCGUCUCCCAAUACGCCACGGCGCAAGUAGCCGACACCGCCUCGGCCUUCGUCCUAGGCGUCCUAGGCCACUUAUGGGCUCGCUCCCGACGGGCCUUCGCCUUCGCGAGCGUAGUCGCGGGGAUCAUGGUCCUGGUCCCCUCGGGGUUGUCAGCUCAGGGUGGGCUGAUUUCCGGCAUCACGACGCCGCUGUUUAACAAUGGGACGACGAGCGCCCAGGAGAUCUACGAGCAGAACAUAUAUCAGAGCUUUAGCGUCGGUGCGCAGAUGAUCCAGGUUGCCGUGGGAUUGGCGGUGGGACUGUUUUUGUCGGCGUUGGUGGUGUAUCCGUUUGGGAGGAAAAAUAAUGCUUUAUUUUCGUUUUGA